UACCCAUAUUCAACACAGUGGUAACGGGUGCACCUGUUGGGAGGUGGGGCAAAACUUUGAAUCGCGCACUAAAACUUCCAAAGCGAGCAGUAGUUUUCGUUUCUGGAGUGGCGUAUAGGCCUAUGAAGCGUGUGCAGUUCCAGGAAGGAAACAAGCAGGCAAACUCAGCUAGCUCAGCCUACUCCGUGGAAUGGAAUGCACCCGGAACUUCGGAUCCUCCUUACGGCCUCCUUAGAGGCAGAUCUCCGAUUCAGUGUACCUGUGCGCUGCAUGUCUCAGUUGUUUCAAGUGACCGGACCAGUUAACAGGGCUGCCCCGAACUAUGAGAAAUUCAUUUAACAGGACACUGUCUGGAAAAUGGCGUCUCAGGUAGAAUUCGGACAGGGCGAACUUUUGGAAAUAGACAUAUGUGACGAUGGCAUCUGCUCUGAAGAGGAGAGCGGGGUUUUUGUGAACUCAGGUGCGUCAUAUACGGAUGAGUUCUCCGAGUUUCAUCAAUGGGCUCCCGCAAGCAAAAGCGGCCUGUCUGAUAUAACGAACUUGGAAAAUAAUACCAUCUGCGUAAGUGGAGCUAAACCUCUUGUUUCCAGUUGCACACAGAUCCCAAAUGGCACUGAUAGUGCAAACUGCAGGAAAAGCGUGGCUUCUGUGGGCAGUGACUAUUUGGAAGAUGAACCAAGAACCAUGUCCCGUGCCUCUAUAGUUGACUGUCUCCUCAUUGAGCUCUAUGACACCUACAGCAGCAACAACAGAAAAAGUGUGGAUAGCCUUGACAGUUCUACCGAAGCAUCCAGUUCGGAUGCAUUUUUUGGGAGAAGCAACACGGGGUCUAAUUUCCUGCAAGAACUGCAAGAGAAACACACCAAACGACUUCAAAUUAACUACCUCGCCCAAAAAGAAUCUGAGGAGCUGAAGUGGAUCAUACAGGAAGUCAACUACCGCAUUGCUAUCCAGUCUGCCAAGCUUGUGCGCCAGCUCAAGAGAAAAGAUCGUUUGUAUAAUAAAGUACAGAAGAACUGUGACAUUGUGACGGCUUGCUUGCAAGCAGUGUCCCAGAAAAGACGAGUUGACACAAGAUUGAAGUUCACUCUUGAACCAUCCCUGGGCAAAAAUGGUUUCCAGCAGUGGUACGAUGCCCUCAAAGCAGUAGCCAGGCUUCCCACUGGCAUCCCCAAAGAGUGGAGGAAGAGGGUAUGGUUAACUUUGGCUGACCAAUACCUUCACAGCAUCUCUAUAGACUGGGAGAAGACCUUGAGAUUUGCUUUCAAUGACCGUAGCAAUCCUGAUGAUGAUUCUCUGGGAAUCCAGAUUGUCAAGGACCUGCACAGGACAGGCUGUAGUUCUUACUGCGGCCAAGAGGGGGAGCAAGACCGAGUGGUGCUGAAGCGGGUGCUGUUGGCAUAUGCACGUUGGAACAAGGCUGUGGGUUACUGCCAGGGCUUCAAUGUGCUGGCUGCCCUCAUUUUGGAAGUUACUGAGGGAAAUGAAGGGGAUGCACUCAAGGUGAUGAUUUACCUGAUUGACAAGGUGCUUCCUGACAGCUACUUUGCCAACAACCUGCGCGCGCUGUCGGUGGAUAUGGCGGUCUUUAGAGACCUGCUGAGGCUGAAGCUGCCGGAGCUGUCCCAGCACCUGCACAACCUGCAGAAGGCGGCCAAUCGAGAGGGUGGGGGUAGCUACGAGCCCCCUCUCACCAACGUGUUCACCAUGCAGUGGUUCCUCACCAUGUUUGCCACUUGCCUGCCCCACCACACCGUGCUCAAGAUCUGGGACUCCGUCUUCUUUGAGGGGUCAGAAGUCCUGCUGAGGGUCGCCCUGGCCAUCUGGGCUAAGUUGGGAGAACGGAUUGAGUACUGUCAGAGUGCGGAUGAGUUCUACAGUACCAUGGGCUGCCUGACCCAGGAGAUGCUGGAGCAUGAUCUGAUCGACUCUAAUGAGCUCAUGCAGACUUUGUACUCCAUGGCUCCCUUCCCAUUCCCUCAGCUGGCCGAGCUGAGGGAGAAGUACACGUACAACAUCACCCCAUUCCCCGCCCCCGUCAAGCCGUGCUCCAGUCAGGGGGGUCGUGGACGGGACAGUGACGAGGAGGUGGACAUGGAUGAUGAAGACUCCUUGGUCAGCGCCUUGGGAUGCCUGGGCCCCAUUGGUGGGCUCCUGGCCCCAGAGCUGCAGAGGUACCAGAAGCACCUGAAAGAUCAGCGCGGGGAGCAGAGCCUGCGGAGCAGCAACAUCGCGGAGCUGAGCCCUGGUGCCGUGGGGACGGGGCGGGCCGAGCACCAGGCCGCCAUCAACAGCAUGAUGAUGGAGCGCAUGAGCACGGACAUCAGCGCCCUGAAGAAGCAGUACUCGCGCAUCAAGAGACGGCAGCAGCAGCAGGCCAGCCUGGUCUACAUCCACACAGGGUCAGAAGUAGCCAGCGCUACUGGGAUCCCCUCUGAUCCCAUGGACCAGCAGAGUCAUGAUAAAUGCCCGGCCACCAGCCUCCUGGCCUCCCAGCUCCACCCGUCCCCAGUGGUGAACCACCUCCUCCUGGGGAAGAAAUUAAAGGCGGUGCAGAGGGGCUCCCGGAACAGCGUGGUCCAAGCCCUGGGCGCUCACGCCGCCCCGCUCCCCCAGGCGCGGUCCGGCCCGGCCCAGCCGGACGCCGCUCGGAGCAGGCUGAACUCGCCCUGGCGCACCCACGUCCGCACGCACCGGAAGAACGUGGCGCGGGCGCGGGCACAGCUGGGCUACUGCGACACGGUGGAGCUCAUCGAGGAGGCGGGGCCGGCAGAGAAGAGCGAGAAGGACCUGCAGGUGGAGACGGUGGAGGUGACGGGGAAGGCGGAGGGGGGAGAGGAGGCGGAGGAGGGGGAGGAGGAGACAGAGGAGGAAGAAGAGGAGCCGGAAGAGAAGGGAGGGAUGGAGGAGGAAGAGGAGCUGGAGCAGAACAGCGUGGAGUUGCAGGACACUCAGUCCGCUGAGGUGGAGGAGGUGGAGGAGGGAGUGGGCUGGGUGCAGGAGCAGAUGGCCUCCCUGGAGCUGGAUUCUGGUUCAGAAGCGUCCUCGCUCACUGAGAAGGAGACGACACCUGAACCUGACUCCUCCCCCCCGGCGCUGCCUCCUCCUCCCCCGCCCUGCCGCCGCAAGGAGUCCGACUCCUCCAGCUCCGAGAGCGGCGCUUCCCUCCGGCGAACCCGCUCCGCCUCCACCUGCACCUCCACCUCCACCUCCUCCACCCCCACCACCCCGGUGGGCCCCUCCAGGUCCCAGCACGCCUUCUCCCCCUUCCCCAUCGUCAAGCCCCCCCGGAAGUCGGCCGCCGCCAGGAACUUGGGCCUGUACGGCCCCACCGCUCGGACUCCCACCGUGCACUUCCCCCAGAUGAGCAAGAGCGUCAACCGUGCCACAGGGGGCUCCACCGGCUCCACCAGGAGGCGAUGACGAGCCAGGCCAGACUGCCAGACUCCUCUGCUCCCCCUGCUCUUCUCUCUCGAGCACUUUUUGCACUUGGUUCUCUAAUAAGUGCUCAACACGGGAUUUUGGAAAGUAUUAACACCGGGUUUGUGGGAAACUGGGGGAUGCGUGCAACGAUUUGUAGCAGCUAGAGUCAAGACGGUUAUUAUUCGUUCAGUGCUCAGAGCUGAGAUGUCACGAGGUGAUUGAUGUGCUCUUUGUGACUGAGAAGACUCGGUGUGUACCUGGGAAGAUUGUGGUGGGAAAGUCAGCUGCUUUCAUGCAGUGGUUAAACAGAUCCAUUAAGGGCCUUGUGGCUUCAAUGUUUUUUUCCUAUGUGUUUGCAAAUUCCAUGAGAUCCUGCACUGAAUGACGACAAGUUCUCCUCCCUUAGAGCGAAGUUAAAAACACAGAGGCAGAAUAACAACGCCUUUGGCGUACAACCUUGCCUGUCUGGGGAUUGCAAAACGUUUAUACGCAACAAUGCCGCAUGUCGAGGUCCCAUUUUAACUCCCUCACUCUGUCCCUCUCCGUUUGCUGUUAGAUGGCAACGUAAGUGCAGGAGUAAUCCUACAGCUUUCCACUGUAUUUGAUCAGUUUAGUACAUUCCCUGUGCAGAGCACAAUGUGUCGAUAAGUGAUGCGUUGCCUCGCUCUUCUCUAGCAUACGGGUUCGUUCCAGCCGCAAAGAACUCGGCGGUGCGUAUGGACACAUAAAUACGUGUUACAGCGUGUGCCUUAGGCCAAAGUGUACUGCAGAAGCCAGAUGAAAUGGCGAAAGGAUAAAACCUAGUUUCUUUACACGCGAUUUCUCCCCUCGCUCACAUUUAGCUAACGUUCUGUUCUGCCACUUGAGCUUGCGCAGACACAAAGCAUCCGAAAUGUGGGCUGUACGUAUUGUGCCCUGCUCUUGUGUGGCAAGUUGCCCGCCACAUAAUCUCUGCUUGAUUUAUUAAAUCACUGCUGCGGCAUCCUUGUUUUCUUGGCACCAAAAAGAGUGUGACUCCGUGCGCUUUGUUCAGUGUUAAACUCUCCGGGGUCAGCCAUUUGCCGUUUGCUCUUUGUAAAUGCAUUUCAGACCUUGUGUGACGGCUGUGGUGUUGAUCGGAAAUGUUCGACUGUCUUUCUCUUGUCGGUAGUCCAGGUUCUGCUUACGUCUGAAUGUCUCAUACCUUGAGCUGUUUGCAUGUGCGCUCCAGUUAUUUUGGUUACGUAUCACGUAAAAUUCACCUUAAAGGUUUAUGGUAAAUCACCCAACAUUUGUGUUUUUUGUAUGUUUUCUUUUUUGUCUGCAGGGGGCGACAAAGUAUUCCAUCAAUUAUUUGCUCCUAUCAGCAAGACAGUCAAAGGCAUCACAUUAGAUCUGUUGGCUGAAUGCCAGUCUUUACUUCUGUCUGGUGAGAAUGGAGUGGCACUUUCUGUUACACUAAUGUACACCCUUUAGGGGACAACUUGUGACCUUUUUAGUUACAGCUUAAGUAAACUGCACACUGCACAUGAUUAAAUAAGACUCACGAUAUUGCACUGCAUCAGCUUAAAUGGUAGUGCAAUCUUAUUGGCCACAAAAUGGUGAGACCUGUUUCACACCAUGUUAAUGAAGUAGUUAAUGAAGUUUGUUGUGGGGAUUUUUGAUGAAUGACUGUUCGUUUUGGUUUUUAUUGAAUCAAAACACUUUUGUGGCAUAUUGUAUUGUAAGCAUGUUGUCAUUGUUCUUUGCCCAGACUCCUCCUCCCCCUCCUUCAAAAAAAGCCCUGCAUCCUACAAAAAAAUGAAGUAGUUGAAAUGAUUUGAAUUGAAUUUUCUGUUGGCAGCCUUUAAAAAUUGUAUUGUAAAAAUUGUAGCCUUCCCUAAAAUGUACCUUAUGAGUGGAUGAAAGAUAUUGGCUAUACUGCUGAAAACUAUAUAAAUGAGACUUAAAAAGAUCAGGUUACUCUAAAGGGAGUACUUAUACUUGGCGUAUUCCACAGAUGAGCAUUAAAAAAGCUUUAACUUGUCAGAAAGUUGUUAUGAAGAUUACUCAUGAAAAAGAACCCUAGGUGCACUUGUUUCAUUGUUCUAAAUAAAAUGAAUGAGUAUCA